GCAUGGCAAUGCCAUAUCUUGCUAUAUAUAUAUAACAAACUGACGCCCGUGGUUAUGGGAAAUAUUGAUUAUUGUGCCAAAUUGUGGGCUAUACUCCCAUUAACAUUCAAUCAGUCAUUCCGGUGCCAGCCAAUGGAUGGUGGAGAGGGAUGGAGGAGGACGGAGCUGCUAGACUGAGCGUUUUGACGCGCUGAGAGGAGGACAGAGCGUCACAUCUCUCCAAACGCCCAUCAAACUUUCACCACAGCAUGUAGAGAGGACCCAGUCCUCUGAAAGAGGCCUGUUAGAGACAACAAGGACACGCUGGAUUCUGGGCGGACGGCUGGACAGCGAUGGAGACACUACUGGCAAUUACUUUUGGUACAGUUUGACCCUGCUGCGAUUCCCCCUGAAAACACCUUGUUCAGUUUUUUCGUCCUUUUUGCGACAGAUCGACAGGGAUGGAGCAAGCACCCAGCGCGCCGAGCCCUCCUCCAAAACCGGCCCAUCACGAGCCUAUAAGCUUCGGCAUCGACCAGAUCCUGGGAGCCGGUACAGAGCCAGAAAACGGGCGCGUGUCUGGAAGACAAAGUGGAUCCGAUUCAAGCAACGGGGAUGGUUAUUACAGUUUAGGAAGCCCGACCGGGGCAAGCGCGCCUUCAUACACCGCGCUGUCUAUCUCCCUCUCCGGUAUAAUGCCUCCGGUGGAGGCGUCAGGUUCAUAUGAGGAGAGCAGGAGUCUGGGAAGCCGGGGAGUAAUUCGAGUCCCGGCCCACAGACCCAUGACAGCGCCGGGACCCCCGGCCCCAGUCCAGAGCGCUGUCCCUGGGUUUGGAGGGCUGUGCUUCCCCUGGAUAGGAAACAGGUUCGCCAAGGACAGAAUAUCAGCCCUGGUGCCGUUUGCCGUUACGCGGCGGAUAGGACACCCGUAUCAGAACCGGACACCGCCAAAACGGAAAAAGCCCCGCACGUCCUUCUCCAGAGUUCAGAUCUGCGAGCUGGAGAAGCGCUUCCACCGGCAGAAGUACCUGGCCAGCGCCGAGCGGGCAGCCCUGGCCAAGAGUCUGAAAAUGACAGACGCACAGGUCAAAACCUGGUUCCAGAACCGCAGGACCAAGUGGAGGAGACAGACAGCCGAGGAGAGGGAGGCGGAGCGUCAACAGGCCAAUCGCCUCAUCCUGCAGCUGCAGCAGUCCGCCCUCCAGAAGUCUCUCAGCGAAUCAGCGGUCUCGGAUCCACUUUGCGCGCAUAACUCCUCCCUGUAUGCCCUGCAGAACCUCCAACCCUGGGCCGAGGAGAGGGAAUAGAGACCAGACACCACGCUGUAAUCAAUAAACAUCAUCUAAUAUCCCUGGGAGGAUACAUACAUUAAAUUAGGCCUACAUGAGGACAGUGGGACUUACUUUGUCCAUGCAAUGGAUAAAAAAAAAUGUUGGACCAGAUAAACUGAAGAAUGGGUCACAGGCAGCCAUUUGAUUGGGCGGUUGGGAAAAAGGGACCUGACAUAAGGGUGAGUGAUGCCUGUUCUGAAAGAGAAACAGAACUUUCUUGGAAUAAAUCUUUCAACUCUGUACUUUGGAACCGUGAGACUUUUUUAAAUCAAAAAAAGGAAAGAAUACUUUUAAUUCAAAAUUAUUGUCACCCUGUGAUGCUUGUACUUGAUCUGUUCAUAAGAAGAAGAUCAUUCACCCCAUAGACUUGAAGGAGGCAAAUAAUUAUCCCCAGUAAGACACGAUUAAGUGUUUUCUGAAGGUCUUGCUCUCAACAACCAACUCCUUAUUCUGAAACAGACUUUACAACACUUUGAAAGGGUUGGCUCUGUAUUUUUAGGGGAUAAACACCAGCCAUAUAAAGACAAGGCCUACACCCCAAAACAUAUACAAUAGAGUCCUAGCAUAAAAAUUUGUCUGAGUUUUAAAUAAAUCUCCUGCCACAAAAUACACGAAAAUGCAGAUAAAAACGGGUUCAGAGAUUUUUUUUAGUUGUUCUGGUACUGAAGCAUUCUACCGAUCUCAUUUAUAAAUGUAUACCUCCAACUAAAAUGCACCACCACAUCCACCUACAUACACAGGUGUGUUGCACCCACACCUGUGAAAAGAUAAGGAUACCUAAAAUGUUACAUAAUGGGGGAGAAAUGCUUUUGUGCGAAGUAAUAAAAGGAAAAUAGAUGUCUGGAUAAGAGGGGAGAGAAGUGAAGAAAAUAUGAACGAGGCAGUAAGUUGGGAAAAUAAGGGAGUGAUGCAUGUUCAGUGACGGUGGUGACGUUUUUUUUCAUAUGCACAUUAUCAUGCUUUAUUUGUGUGUCCUUUGGGAUCGAGAGGCACAAAUGUACAACUCUUUUUAUACUUUCAUUGUAUAUCUGUAAAUAACAAUAUAAAUUGUUCUUGUGACACUUUUUGCUCAAUCUCUUUAUGAUGCACCAUAAAUAAAAAAAUAAGAUUUUUAAGGUUUAUUACACCAUAAUUAUAAGCUAGAAAAAAAACAAAUUUUGGAGUGACAAGGUACGUGACAAGUAGACAUGAAUUCUUUUUGUUUCUUGAAAAGUUUAUUGAUAAAUAUAAUGAUUCUAUACAAUAUUUCAUUACACACAUUAUUUCAUUUUGACAGUUUUAAGAUGUCUAUCUGUUUGUCUUCCUGUCUGUUAGUCUAUCUGGGUACAUUUGAGAUGAGCCGCAACACAUCUCAGCAAGGGUUUUCAUUGGUAGCACAGUGAGUGGGCAUGACAGUAAAUCAUUCAUAAAUUUGUAUUUUUGUCCUGCUCAAUCUUCAAAACAAUGGCUCUUGUGUGAAACAUGGCUUCCAUUCCUUCAGAAUCAGUGACGAGGUCUCUCUCAUCUCCUGUCUUAUUCUCUCAUCUUCCUCUAUUCUUUCUCCACAAUCCCUCCAUCUUUCUCCCCUCUUCCUGUCUAUCCUUCACAGUGAAAGGUUGGUCGCUCUGAGUCGACAUUUUUAAUGGACAAAACAGACGACAAAACUUUCCUCUCUGGACAGAUUGUGGUGUCCACAAGAUGAAGCUAAUUGCUCGA